AUUGUCUCUCAGAAAGUGUGCUGCUUGCCCUUUUGCUCUGGCACCAACGAGGCUACUCACUUCCAGUAACAGUCUCUGGUUCCAUGAAUUUGCCAAGACUUGUGGAAAUCCGACAUAAAUCCAGCGACUACCCUCAUAGAGUUGCAAAAUAUCCAGAAAACAGAAAUCGAAACAGAUACAGAGACGUUAGUCCGUAUGAUCAUAGUCGUGUAAAACUGCAGAACGCUGAGAAUGACUAUAUCAAUGCCAGCCUAGUGGUCAUAGAAGAAGCCCAGAGAUACUACAUUUUAACACAGGGUCCACUACCUAAUACAUGUUGUCAUUUUUGGCUAAUGGUAUGGCAACAACAAACCAAAGCAGUUGUCAUGCUGAACAGAAUUGUCGAAAAACAAUCGGUGAAGUGUGCACAAUACUGGCCAACAAAAGAAGAGGAAGUUAUGACAUUCAGUGAAACAGGUUUCCGUGUGAGGCUAGUAUCUGAAGACGUCAAAUCCUAUUACACAGUACAUCUACUGCAGUUAGAAAAUAUCAACAGUGGUGAGUCCAGGAUGAUCUCUCAUUUUCAUUAUACUACAUGGCCAGACUUUGGAGUUCCUGAAUCCCCAGCUUCAUUCCUGAACUUCCUGUUUAAAGUCAGAGAGUCGGGGUCACUAAGUCCUGAGCACGGACCUGCAGUAGUUCACUGCAGCGCGGGGAUAGGACGUUCCGGCACGUUUUCAUUAGUAGACACUUGUCUUGUUCUGAUGGAGAAAAAAGACCCAUUUUCUGUAGAUAUUAAGAAAGUGUUACUGGACAUGAGAAAAUACCGAAUGGGACUUAUUCAGACUCCCGAUCAACUAAGAUUUUCAUAUAUGGCUGUAAUAGAAGGAGCAAAAUUUAUAAUGGGGGAUUCAACUAUACAGAAACGGUGGAAGGAGCUCUCUAAGGAGGACCAAGCGCCAAGUUCUGAGCAGUCUCCUCCGCACCCAACCAAAAUAACCACAGAGAAGUACAAUGGCAACAGCAUAGGUCUGGAGAACAAAGAUCAAAUGGAGAAAAUAAAUACUGAUCUGUCCGCUAAAGUUCAAGAUAUCACAGAUGGGAACAUUGAAAGUACUGUCCGAAAACGGCUGCGAGAGGAUAGAAAAGCUAACACAGCACAGAAGCUGCAGCAGAUGAAGCAGAAGCUAAAUGAGACUGAAAGAAAAAGAAAAAGGUGGUUAUAUUGGAAACCUAUUCUCACUAAGAUUGGGUUUGGUACACUGUUUUUAGUUGGCGCUUAUUCUUGCUAUGUAUUCUCAAGAACAUUCCUCGUAAGUAAACAGUAAACCUGUCUGCUCCAGCAGCUAAUUUUGCUGCAAGUUAAUGACUAGGAGUGUGAUGUUAAGCAGUAAACUCCUUACACCUGGAAUGGGUACAGACUGUUACAUACAAUAGAGAAGUGACGUAAACUUGAUCCCAUGUCAACAUCUCAGGACUUUCCACUGCAGGUACUUAAAAAAUGAACUGGUGCCCCCCAACAGAGUUGAUGGCUUUUUGUUUAUAUGAGCAGGUGCAAACACGCUGCAACUGUUUAUACACUUUUUAAAAUGGUGUUCUACCGGAUCUUAAGCAAACCCUGAACUACAGAGGUUUAGCUACCGAAGGCUGUCUGCAUUUAAAUUUACAUGCCUGACAUAAGCAAUAAACAGUGUUGUGUCAUUUACAUUAUUAAUGCAAAGAAGUUAUCCUUAAAUGUGUGUAACGUGUAAUGUACUAGUGACAUGAAUAUAAACAUUUUAUAUUCUUAUGACCUAGGAUAAAUAUAUUUUAUAAUUGCAUAUUUAAUCUUUUUGUAGUUUACUGUACUUUUAAAAGCUCAGUUUGUACAAAUUUCUGACCAAAAAGAACUUGAUUUUGAAACUAAAUGUAAUUAUAAUUUGUGCAUGAAAAUAAUAGUGCAACCAUUCCCCAUAUUUUGACUCUCAAAUUUAUGAUAUGAGCAGCUAGGGGUCUGAUGAAGCACUUAGCAAUUUCUACUCUGUUAAUUUGCAUUCCUUAUUUAUUUUUUUUUUUUGUAGUUUUCAUUAUUUAAGUAAGGCUUGGAAAUUCGGUUUUUUUUUUUAAGGCUUUUGAGAACUUAGCCCCCACUAAAAAGCAUACUGUUGAUUCAUGUAUUCAGACUUCAACUACUGUUUAGAGGCCAACAUUGUUAAAGUUCUGACAUUCCAUUAAAUGUGAAGCAUAAUGUUUUGCGUGUCUAUAGAUUUUAAUUGCUAGAAAGAAUGAAAUCCAUUCAUCAGUAAUAGGUGUAGAAAGCACAUCAAAGGAAACUGUAGUUGGGCUUCCAAGGUUGGUUGUAGUAGACAAGAAACGUUGCUAGCGUUCUCCCGUACCCACUAUGUUCAGCUGUAUGAGCCACUUGCAAAACUUCACAAAGUCUAGAAUUGCUUUUCAGAUUCUCCAGCGCUGCUUUAGAGAUCGUGACUUCAAACUCUGAAUCACUGACAUUUUGGGAAUACCUAUGCUACAGUUGCUUUAAAAUUAUGGAGCACUCCUUUCCAUUAGUGGGGCAGUAUCACUUUCUAAGUAAUAAUUCUACACAAAUCGCUUUCUGGCCUUUAAAUUCUCUUUGCAUACAGAGAUCAUCUGUGGCUGCAUGUAGCUUGCUGUCAUUUCAGUUGAGACCUAAUAAUUUGUGAUAUUGGACUGCACUUUGAACCUGAAUUUUAUUUAUUCAAGCAUUGCCUUGUUGGGUGACUUCAGAGAAGUCGUGUUUUCUCCCUCCGUUUUCCUAGCUUGGUGGUUUUCUGUUGGGUAUGGAGUUGCGCGGGGGGGAGGAGGGAGAUCCCCCCCCCCCCCCCCCCCCCUCCUUUUGUAAAGCACUCCUUGGAUUUACUGCUGAAAAAUACUAAAAGAGCUAGAUAAUUACUUCACUCCUUAUCCAAAGGAAUUAUCUUUAAAGGUUUCCAGUACAUUCGAGCUUAGCAGUAACAUUCCAGGCAUGGGGCCCAAAUAGCCUGACUCUCGCUCCGCAGAGCUAAGUUGAGUUUACUCUUUGAAAUUCUCAUUUCACAACAGCUAAUGCUAUUUUGGACUACGCUGUUUAUAUAGUAAGCAAAUGCCUCAGGGUCCAGAUUAGGAAAACAAAUGUCAUUUUGUAGGACGUACAGUUCUGAAUUUGGGAAAUUGUGUGUCAGUAAAGCGAGAUAAUUUGUCCUGUGGCGUUACUGACCAACUAUGCAGCUCUAAUAGCAAAAUGACUUGGUGAUGGCUGUGACACAGUAUGGGCAGGCAGUGCACAUAUUUAAAGACAUUUCGUAAUGGUUACAACUGCAGUAACUCUUUUAGCCAACAAGAGGCUUGGCAAAAGGUUCUUUUUGUCUUUAAAUUGGGAAGACAGGUUUUUCCGUAACUGCUAUAACUGAUGUAAAUAUAUGUGCCUUAUAAAAUACUCUAUAUAAUUACAAAAUGGAAACCCACAUGGAAUGUAAUUAAAUGCUUUUGUAACAGAAAUAUUGCAGAUGUUACUCUAAAUACUAAGGAAAAAGUGCAGGUGAAGCCUUCACUGAGCUGAUAGUGUCACUCAUCACCUGCCUCUUUGCAUGAGGAGGAUUUCCUGGGCCACCAGUAUCCUACAGACACUGAGCUCUACCUGUGUUUUGACAAAUUGUCACUUGAAUUUUUCCCUGGUUCCAUCUUCUCAAUGCUGGCUUUUUUGUUCUCUGGCCCCUGAGCAGCCAUCCCUCUUUUCUGGGUGGGGCAGGGCGGGAGGGGGCCGUCUUAUGUCAUCUCGCACUCUCUUAUCGUCUUGAUGCAAUAAGGCAGGACUUGCACAUUCAACUGUAAAAAAAAUGCAAUCUGUAAAAAUUUGGCUUGGUUACAUGAUUGUAAGUACCUUGAGAGUCUUAACUGUGAAUAAUUUAAGGACCACGAACCAAUACAAGUCUCAGACAAAGCUGUUUUCUAUGGCAACUUGUCCAUGACGGUUGGUAGAAGGGAAAUUAGAUGUUAGAUCCCUUAGUACAUUCCAGGAGAUUAUUUGGGUAAAACUCUUCUUCCUGGUCCGUCACUAAUCCCUAAAAACCAAAAUCUGGGGGAGGCCUGUUUCUUUCUGGCAAAGUGAGUCCUUGUGAUACUUUUUUUAUUCUGUAGGAUUUCAACUUGCAGCAGUUCUGCACAACUUGGAUGUUAAAUAAGAAUCAAUACGGGCCAAAACAAAGAACUGUCCAUUCCAGUGACCUCUAGUGUAGGAAAUGUUUAAAGAAAAGAGUAGAAAGGAAGGGCGUGCAUUCUGACCCCUCUCCUGCCUCCUCCCUGCCCCAGUUUCCAGGAAGCUGCUGGCUGGUCCUGUUCUGCUUCUAAAAUGCUGUUGCACUUGAUUUGCAGUGUUACCGUGUUGGGUUUUCCCCUCUGUUCUGGAAAUAUAUCGGUCAAAAAGUUUGAUGCGUAGUGGUUGUCUCUGAACUUGAUUAAGCAAUGUUUGGCUCUCAGAUGAGCACUUCUGUACAAAUCUUGUGUGGUUUUCUUUAAAAAAAAAAAAUCGCUAACAAACAUGUGGACCUCCAUUGCAAGGGGUUGGCAAAUUUGGAAUUGGUCCUUUAGGUUUUCCAUUUAUGUUCUUGGCGCAGGGCCAGUCUGCUUAGAGUGAUAGCACAUCUGUAUUUUUCUUGAAAUGCAUUAAGUAAAAUAAUUCAGCAUGAAAUGGCGAUUUGAAAAAACCCAGCAGACUUAUUUUACAGAACUAAGAUGUUGCAAGUGAAACUUAGCUUGUUCUCUUAAACCUUGAGUAAAAUGGUUUACUGACAUUGGUUUAUAUCCCACUGGAAAGGGAAGAGGUGUAAAUGUGUAUGGGUGAUUGGAUUGUGCGGGCGAUUAAAAAGCCUGGCUAGCUUUAAGUCUGAUUGAAUGUUAACCAGAUAAUUUAGUUUGCUGUUUGGCAUUAUAGUUAAACCUCAGACACUUGAGGACUGCACAAGAAACUAAAUUAAUGCUGACAAAGAGGAGGUCUUCUGCAAGGCCAAGUGGCUUGAGUCAGAGGACGGAAUUUGCAAAGCUGGCGUAACACACAGUAGUCUUCCUGGGCUUUUUGGUUUUCCCCCAGAGUUUUAGGUUAGUCUUCCAUUAUCAUGUACGAAAAAUAAAUGUGUUCAAAAUUGCACCUCUGUCUGAGUCUUUAUUUAAGUUGGAAGGAUAAAUACUUGGAAGAAUUUUUUUGAGCGUGUCUUAACUGAUCAAAGAAAGCUUUGCGAAUCAGGGUAGUGCCUGCAGAACUUGGAAGUGUUUCACUUUGUAGUAGCUUGGAUAUUUGGUGCCACAAACCCCAGGGUCCUUUUUCUGUGUUCCUCACAGUAGAGCCCUGCCUUCCCUAGGAACAAAGCAUCCGGUACUGGGAGGUCUUCUUCACAAGAAACCUUUCCCCAGAAAUGCUUAUUUCCAGGCCCCUGUGCCAGGACUGGCCUACGGAGCUGUGAGAGGCGGUGUUAGUGCUCUGAGGGGCAGCCUCCCCUGGCCCCGCUAAGGCCCGAGAAGACUUCUGCAGGGCUUGGGCUUGAAUGCGCGUGUAGGUGCUUUGCUGGGCUGAGGCCCGCACGUGAAGCUCUCCGGCAAGGAUGCGCCUUCCACUGUCCUGUAGAAAUCCCUGCUGAAAAAUCAACGCCUUCCCAAGAGCCCUGGCGACAGGCAGACAGUAGGCGGUAGUUGCUACGGGGGGUGUGUGAGAAGCUGUUUGGUGUUUAUAGCGAGUUGCAAGCCCCCUGUCUGUUCGUAUUUCUUUUUUUCUUUUUUUUUUUUUUUUCCCCCAUAC